GGUGAAUCACGUUCGUGUUUGAUAUCACGGUUAUUAUUUAUUCAACUCUAAGUGAUUCCAUUUUUUUCGCUUACUCCAUUGUACUUUAGUCCCAAGAAACCACACCUGUUUAGCUCUGCUUGAUUAUGAGCAUUCACUUUGAAAAGCCGUAGAAUUAAUGAAAACAGUAAAUUCAAUACUUUUCGGAGGAUAGACUUCAAAUAAAAUAAAGAGAUAUUUUUAGCAGCAUUCCAUCAUUUAUCUCAUGACAAGAUUUAUCUCACGAUAAGAUAAGGAUAAGCUUUGAAGUUCAUCAUAGCAUCUACGCAAGAAACGAAGCGUCUUCAUGAACAAAAAGUUCUGAAGGGUAGUGAACGUCACCAAUGGCCGUUUAGAACAGAGGCAGAAAUGAUUGAAUUUGAAGAUGCCCGGUUAUUCCCAGGUCUUGAGGCCAUAGUGAAUGUCAUUAUGGUUCUUGGCAUCCUGACGGCUACGAAGCUCGUUGGGAGGACAGCAUGGGAUGUGGCCGUGGGUCUGAGGGCGCAUGUAUGGUCUAAACUGUGCAAGAAGAACUUAGUGCAGACAUACGGGAAAUGGGCAAUUGUAACAGGAUGCACAGAUGGAAUUGGAAAAGCUUAUGCUUUUGAACUGGCAAAGAAUGGUAUGAACAUUGUUUUGAUAUCGCGAACUGCAGAAAAACUACAGAAUGUUGCUUUAGAGAUUGGUAGAAAGUUUGGAGUCAAGACAGAAAAAGUACAAGUAGACUUCAACUUGGGAAAAGAGAUUUACUACGUAAUUGAGAAAUGCAUUGAAGGAAAGGAGAUUGGCAUCUUAGUGAACAACGUGGGAGUUAUAACCCCUCACCCUAUGAGUUUUGGUGAGGUGAACAACCAUAUUCUUUGGAGUCAUGUUAAUGUGAAUGUUGCAUCUCCUCUGGCAAUGACCAAGAUCGUCCUCCCUCAGAUGCUCAAGCGAAGAAAAGGGGCUGUAGUAAAUUUGGCUUCCAUAGCUGGCCGAUGUCCUAUUCCUCUCCUCCAAAUUUACUCUGCUUCAAAGGCAUUUGUAGACUACUUCUCCGAGGCUUUAGGAGUGGAGUAUAAAUGUUCAGGCAUUACAGUUCAGACCAUUACUCCAGGUUAUGUAUCAACCAAUAUGACAAGCUAUUCUGAAAAGAUCUACAAGCCAAGUCUUAUGGUGCCAACUGCCUCUAACUUUGCUGCACAUGCCCUGGACACUCUGGGGUAUACCAGUUACACCACAGGCUACUGGUCACAUGGGAUAAUGGCUUGGUUUAUAGACAACUUUGCACCGAGGUGGAUCCUGAUGAGAAUGUUUAAACUGCAUAAUGAAGACCUAUUAAGGGACAUGAACAAAAAUAAGAGAGAAUGAGUGUUUGAGAAAUCAGCAUCAUAGGAAAAGAAAACACUUUAUUAAAAAUACACAGGAAAAUUAAGGCAAUUGAUUGUGGAAACGUCACUUUACUACUUGAAACCUAAUCUUUAAAUGUAAUGGCAAAAAAAUAGUGAGGUGUGAAAGGCUGUGAACUUGGGAGGUUCAAUGCAAAAGUAUGUGUAUUAGGAAAACUAUUGCAUGUAAGAAUGAAUUGAGAUAUAUUUUGCCUGUGCAACUGUGAUUAAAGUAACUAUUAACUUUA